GAUGUCGCUUCGCUCGCCAGUUUCGACAGAGUCGUGCCGGUGAUCGUUUGUUUGAGCUGAUCGUUUGUCGAUCGAUACUAUAUUAAUGAUAGAUUGCGUGAAUCGGCGUCGAAAUCAUAAUAAAUCUUCGAUCGAAUACGUUCUCGAGAGUUUAUAAUAUUUUGUGUGAAGUUAAUAAAAUUUUUCGUUCAGUGGGCUUCGCGCCACUGCGUGACUCUUGGUCUUCUUUCUUCUUAUUAUGCAUUUGAGAAACAUCUUCUAGCCAAAGAUCGCCGUUAUUUCUAAUAUUUUAGGAAUGAAUAACGAUAAGGCUAUCGCGAUGCGUCUGUUCAAGCGUCAGUCGUCUGAUACGAGCCCUCAAUUAGUUUCGGCUACACCGUUAUCUCAUGAUGGAGCAUCGCCUCUGACAGUGGUAGAAGAAAAUCUCGAACGUAGCAGUAAGAAGCCUCAUAAUGAAAACGAUGGAUUGAAUCGGACGGUGAAAGAAAAUGCGAAUGAAACACUGAAAUCGUCGUCUACUAUUUCAAAUCGCAAAGGAAUUUCGACAUGGGGCAGGAAAGUAGGUCGAAGAUGGGAUCAGUUGAAAAGAUCAGACAGCUCCGAAUUGCUUUCGGUUUCGGGCCGAAGGAGAAGGUGGAGUCCGAAUCGGAAAGCUGGCACAACAGACGAAAAAGAAAACGGAACCGGCGGUUUCUCGGAAUUACCAAAGCCAAAGAGAAUUUCCAGGGUGGAAUCGUUACGAAAUUUGUUCAGGAGCAACGAGCGAAGCAGCGAUAUGUCAGCCAGAAACGUGACGAUACAAGAGGAAGACGUCACCUGUAUCAGUCAUUAUCCAAUGGAGAAAGCUUUAAGCGAGGGUGCUAUAAAGAAUGUAUCCUUUUGUGGCAGCUCGGACGACAAUCGAACGGACCGUGGAACGAUUCUUCUGGAGAAGAAGAAACAGCUGAGUCGUAGCAUCCAGGACCUCCAAGAGCAGCAACGUGUUUUAGAUUAUAUCUUGAAGAAUCAGGAUAUGCUUAAAACGCAGGAAGGAACAGCUUUCGCGAAGGAAACGUUAGACAAAAUCAGAAGUACGAGUCCUAAGCGAAGGAAUACGAGUCCUAAAAGAAGCAAUCAAUCUACGUCUGAGGCUGGUAAAAGCAGCGUUUCCACUCAGACUAAAGACUUUUUCAGUAAUCAGCUUAAUAAUAUUAAGAAAAAUUUGUUCAAUGUUCGUGCGAGUAGCAGCGAAUGCGACAGACCUGAUAAUCAGAGAUCUUUUCCAACAUUUGGCCUGGAUGAUCUGAUGAGCAACCUACGAUUAGCUUGCGAUGAAAGUGGCUACGACUCUGACAGCACACGAGCUGGAGCUGAUUCUCCAGAUAGCGAGAAGUGUCCACCAAUGUUAAAACCCCGUAGCUUUUCCAUAACGUCGGACGACUAUCAUGGCAUCGACUUGUCACUACCAGUCACUACCCCCAUAAAGAAAGACGUGACAACAGAAACGGAGAAAAACGAGUCAGGUCCAUCUUGCCUCGAAGACACUGUCGUGAACAAUGCUAUGCUAAAUGGGACGAUAAUAACAAACACAACCACGGUACCAUCGGAUGAAGAAGACACGGACAGCUGUGACGAGGAUACGUUCGAAGGAUUCGCGGAGUACCAAAUGAAUUGUGGCGUUGAGCAAACAAAAUCCACCGCGAACACUUUGGGAAAAUGCGAUAGCGGAAUAUCAAGAGGAUUCUCAGCGUCGUCGACUGGGAACUUAGAUAAAAGAACAUCUUCUGGAAGCAACGAGCUCAUCAGGAUAUCGGAUAAGAGAUUCGCAAAAUCAGAGCAUACGACGUCGCUAUUGCAAGCGGUGAAGUUGCAAAAUUUAAAGGAGACCAAGUCCCAGAUACCGGUCAAAUGUAAAAGGUACAGCAAUUCUAGCACCUUGUGUUUACUAGAGAACGCUGCAUCCCCCUGCAAAGAUAGUCCACCGGCGUCAAAAAUAUAUUCGACGAUCGUAAACAGCCCGCUGGAGUACUACAGUCCAAAGAGAUCGCGUUCGAAUUUGGAGCCUGAAGGUCCCGAGGUUGUAAACGCGAGGAAUAAAAUGAAGAAAUCCGAGCCAGAGAUUAAAAUCGAUCAUCUAACACCGAUUUCAACCCCAGCUAAUAAGACAUUGGUACGUCGCGAGUUGAAGACCAUGAAGUUGUCCGUGGAGAAGCCUGGCAGCCUUGGCAUUCUCGUGGAAAGAAAAGAGGCUGUUCGACCUUUCUACGUGAUUUCGAAGAUGGACGUAAAUGGAGAGGCGGCGAAGUCGAAGCAAUUCAGGAUCGGUGAUGAGAUCGUUCGAGUUUGUGGACGUAGGCUGCGUGGGAUGUCGCUCAUCGAAGCUAGGAACGCUUUGAAAAAUUGUUCAGGGACCGUAGAGCUUCAGAUAGCCAGGGAACCAACGUUCACUUUUGGCGAGGAGAUAGGCGACACGUGGGGCGAUAUUCUGGUCCGCACUCGUAGCGACUCCGAGGUGUGGGCGUUGAAACAAGAAAAAUCGGAAGUCCCCGUGAACAGUGUCGCUCGAGAAAAAGAUUCUUCCCAGUGUAAAGUAGUCGGUGCAUUGAUGAAGGAUGGCAAGAAUUUAUCCGCGAAUUCGAUGGAGAGGAUGGAAUGCGAGAGUGAUCGUAUGUUGAAGAAGGAAUCUCAAGGUCAAAAGAUGACUGGUAUGAGGAAGUUUCAGGUGGUGAGGAAACGAGCCACCAAUCCAGUUUCCUAUCCACGUAGAGCUACCAGUUUGUCGAUGGACUUGUUGACUAUCACCUUGGAGAAGGGUGCCUCGAAAAAGUUGGGCUUUUCCAUUGUUGGUGGAUCGGAUAGCAAUAAAGGAUCGAUGGGUAUUUUCGUGAAGGACAUCAUGGCCGGAGGACAAGCGGCUGAAGAAGGAACUUUAAAAGUGGGAGAUGAGAUUUUAGCAAUCAAUGGAAUCUCGAUGGAUGGAUUGACGCACGCGAAGGCGUUGCAAACUUUCAAAGCUGCCAAGGCUGGGAAGAUGGUUCUUCACGUGGGUCGUAGAGACCCGACGCAUAAACGAUAUAUUAUUCAAUCGAAAUCGUACGAUUGCCUGGACAAGCUAACAGAAACUGGAGACGAAUGAAAUUAUACAGAAAUUCGAUAAAUCAAAGGGAAAGUCAUUAAAAUUAUAUCAUCAUGUUUUGUUAAAGUAAACACGAUCGAAGUAUCGUUAUUAUUUUUAUUUCGUUCUUGCAUUAAAGGAUAUGAUGUAUAUAUAUUUCGUACAA